UAAUUUUCUAGUUUCAUUUUUGAUUGAUUCAGGAAACAUAUGGAAAAGAAGCUUGCAGAAUACAGAGCCAAGAAAGCAAGGGAAGAUGCUUCUCCUCAUAAUCCUUGGUUCAGAUUAAACCCAUUUAAAACCAAUGAUAGCGACUCCUCUCAUUUUAAGGAAAGUGGAAUUGGAGCUACCAAUAAACUUGAAAAUGAAGCUUCAGAGCAAAUGCAGACUAAUUCCUCUGUGUCCUGCAAGGAACCCUGGAACUGGACCCAGUUGACUCUUACAAUACUGAUGUGGGUUUUUGCAUGGCUCUUUUGCAUAGAGCACCAGUUUGGAGCAGUUUUCUUUGUGGUCACAAUGAUAUUCUUUAUUUACUAUAAUACAAGGACAGGUAGAAAGGAGAAGAAUAGACUGAGUGCAUAUUCUGUGUUUAAUCCUAACUGUGAGAGAAUUGAUGGAACAUUUACAUCCGAGCAGUUUGAAAAAGAAUUGCUACAUGGAGCCAACUCGGUUCGAAGCUGAUUCUAGACAGGAGUUCACCCCCAGGAAAACUCAAGUUUAUUAAUUAACAUAGUUAACAUAAUAAAAUUCUCGAAAAUAGGCCUCAGACCCCCUAGAAGACAUAACUAUCCCUUGGACCCUCCUUUAAAAAAUUUCAGGAUCCGUGCAUGAACUUUAUAUAGAUUGUUUUGUGGAAAAAUAGGCUACUUUACAUUUCAUAUAACCUAAAGAUCUGGUUAAUUUUUACACGUACAUGUACAUUUGCAUUUAAAUUACCUGUAAAGAUCUGUUAAACCAUACAUAGGAAUCUGAUAUACAAUAUAGUUUUAAAAUUGUGGGAGAAGUGGAUGCUGUGCAUUAAAAUAUAAACUAAAGAUCUGGAAUUCUUUUUAAUUGUUUUUAUUGAUUAUUAUACAUGUAUAUAAAUCUUUACAAAGUAUAUUAUUAAAAUAUUAUUAAAAAGAUCA